UGAUAAUAAUAAUAACAAUAAUAAUCCAAUAAUAGUUAGAUAAUAACACUCUAAUAGAGGACACUCAUUUAUAAUUUGAUUCUGAAGUCCAUUUUGAUCACAAUAGUUUUGCAGUAUUUUCUGUAGUAUUGUAACGUUUGCUUAAAUAUCUGAAUUUUUCCACUAACCUUUGAAUGUGCAUGCGAGGGCGUCCAUGUGGAGCUCGUAUGCUAUUCAGGACACACCCCAGUUUAGAAUAAAGGCUUUUCUUCAAACUUCGCUUAGACAGUGAAGACAUUUUAUGGUCGGCGCCCUCUCCAAGCUCACGGAUUGAGAGACCAUGACUGAAGAAACAGCUGGAGGGGGCCCUGUUGGAGAUUCGGGGCCAGAUAAAGGGGCUCCAGCGAGGGGGAAAUGGGCCAGUAAGACGGAGUUCUUACUCUCCAUGGCUGGAGAAAUCAUUGGCCUUGGAAAUGUUUGGCGUUUUCCUUAUUUGUGCUUCAAGAAUGGAGGAGGUAUCUUCCUCGUCCCUUACUUUGUGUUCCUGUUCUUCUGUGGCGUUCCCAUAUUUUUCCUGGAGACGGCAUUGGGCCAAUACACCAGUGAGGGUGCAGUCACCGCCUGGAGGAAGAUUUGCCCAAUGUUGGAGGGGGUGGGGAUUGCCUCUCUGGUGAUUGUGAUCUAUCUGAACAUCUACUACAUUGUGGUGUUGGCCUGGGCUAUCUUCUACCUGAUCAACUCCUUCCAAAGCCCUCUGCCCUGGUCUACAUGUGACAACUGGUGGAACACUGAGUUAUGUCAUGGUCGUUUGAGCAUUUUUGCUAACCCCGAUAUUUUUCACCCUGAGUCCAACUGGUCUUUCCUAAGCAACAUCACCUCAGCUGAAUACUUCUACAAUGGCACUUACAUUAAUGUGACGGACCCAUUCUCGAUCAGGUCACCAGAAGAGGAAUUCUGGAUUAACCGUGUGUUAAGAAUGUCAGAUGACAUGUCACUGGGUAAGGUGCACUGGGACCUGGCUUUGUGUCUCCUGCUUGCCUGGAUAAUAUGUUACUUCUGCAUCUGGAAGGGAAUUAAAUCCACAGGCAAGGUAGUGUACUUCACUGCUACAUUCCCCUACGUGAUGUUGAUCAUCCUCUUCUUCCGAGGGAUGACACUGCCAGGGGCUGUCGAGGGCGUGAAAUAUUACCUGCAGCCUGACUUUAGUAAGAUCACUGAUCCAGGCGUAUGGCUUGAUGCAGGGACACAGGUGUUCUUCUCCUACGCCGUGUGUCAGGGAGUACUGACCGCUCUGGGAAGCUACAACAAAUACAACAACAACUGCUACAGGGACUGCUUGGCACUGUGCUGUCUGAACAGCGCCACCAGUAUCUUUGCUGGCUUUGUUGUGUUCUCAGUACUGGGAUUCAUGGCUUAUGACCAGGGUGUAUCGAUACAUGAAGUCAUUGCAAGUGGUCCUGGUUUGGCGUUCAUAGCCUAUCCUAAGGCCCUGUCAUUACUGCCUGGCUCCACAUUUUGGGCUGUGCUCUUCUUCCUCAUGAUCCUCCUCCUGGGCCUGGACAGUCAGUUUGUGUGUGUGGAGAGCCUGGCCACAGCCAUCACAGACCUGUUCCCACGUCAACUCAGGAAGCCUGGCAGAAGAGAGAUACUGGUCCUGGUCAUCGCUGUUGUCUGCUUCCUACUGGGGCUGCCACUUGUCUCCGAGGGAGGGAUAGUCCUCUUUCAGCUAGUUGACAGCUACGGUGCCAGUGGAAUCUCUCUCCUGUUCAUUGCCUGCUUUGAGACCAUCGGCAUUGCCUGGGUGUAUGGAGCGGACCGUUUCUAUUACAACAUUGAGGACAUGAUAGGGUACCUGCCAUUCCCUGUGCUCAAGUACUGCUGGUUGUUUAUCACGCCGACCAUCUGUUGGCUCACUAUGCAGUAUGACCUAUCAAAGGGAGGCCAUUUUGUGGUGUAUGAUUUUGUACCCGGUUUCUGGGCUACCAUAUUGGGCAGUCUACUCAUCAUUACUCCACUGAUAUUCAUCCCAAUUUUCAUGUUGGUCCCACUGUGUAGGAAUCCCAAAAACAUGACUACACCAUCCAGUGACCUGCGUCAGGCUCGGGCACACAAGCCAGUGCUCACACUGUGUAGCAAGGUUAUCUUCAAGGCUCAGGGGCAGCCAAACAACAGCGUGGACAAAAGAAACGAGAAGAUGAUGAUAGAGGAACCCAUUGGUGUUUGAUGGUAAUUGAUGACAUUUAUAGACCUGCAGCAAAUUAUGCUGUUUAAACCAUUAGCAUCAUUGCAUUAUACAACAAAAACACACAUUUUUUAAUCAUACGCAAAGAUUUAUAAAUGUUUACACAUUUCAUGAGUAUUCAGGGAGAUCAUUUUAGGGAUGUUUUCUUUUGACCCCUUUACUUUAUUACUUUUUAAAAUAAUGAAUAAUAAUGAAAAAGUCCCAUAAAAUGUACAAACUCAUACUUACCUAUAAUCCUGUAUACUGUAGUUGGCCUCUGACAUUAACAGGGCCAUGCAUCUGGCUCAUUUGACUUAUUACCAUGUUUUACCUGCAAUUUUAAAUUAUAUUAGCUGUUCUUCAUCAAAUGUAUAAUUGCAGACAAAACUGUCAUCCAAUUAAGUUAAAUUUAAUGAAUGCAAAAUUUGAAUAAGGGUUGAUUAAUUCUGUUAAUGUACUGUUAUGAUGCUGUGAUAGUCAAUAGUUUGUACUCUGCACAAUUUACCUUGAGAAUUUUGUGUUUAUUAAUGUUAUAUCUCCAUUUUAGUCAACCAAAAUUUGUUUCAGAAUGUGCCCAUGGUCUUUAGUGUCAUUAUAUGUUAUGUAUUGCACAUAUUACCUUGUGUAAACAAUGGUGAUGAAUCUCAUUAAAAGUAUCAGUGUAUUAAA